AUGCUUGAUGGAUAUUUUAUAAAUGAAAAUCGUGGUAUUAAAAGUGGUCUUGUUUAUUGUGAAUUAGAAGGAUGGAUAUUACCAAUAUAUUCAUUUUUUACAUCUAUUGGUAUAAUUAUUGCUUGUAUACAAUUAAUUCUUUUAAUUGUUUGUUGUGGUUGUUUAAAAGCUGAAGAAUGUCUUCGUGUUCGUUCAUAUACAAUUGAUUUAUUAUGGGCUAUUGCAAAAGAAGUACCUCAAAUAAUGAUUAUUUUUUAUAUAAAUUUAUGUCGUGAUGGUUGGUUUAAAAUGUCAUCAUUAUUUAAAGCAAUAUUUUCUAUAUUUGUUACAAUUUGGAAAUUAAAUAAUCUCUAUACAUUUUUACGUAAUGAUGUUAAAUCAAAUGAUAUACCAAAUUGUUGUCGAUCUAAACGUUUAUAUAUUUGUUUUCCAAUUUUUCUAAUACCAAUUUGGAUACUUAAUUUAGGUUUAUCAAUAAUGAUUGCUAUUUUAUUUGUUCAUCGUCAUCGUUAUGAAGCUUUUAUAGAUAUACCUGGUUCAAUACAUAAUUUAUAUAUACCAGAUAAAUAUUUAUAUACAAAAUAUAUUGUUCGUUCAGGUAUUUAUUUACCAUGGCCAGAUACAGAAUAUGAAAAUUCUUAUAUGAAAUUAGCUGAAAUUGAUUAUAUAAUGGCAAAUAGAAAGACCACGGUUCAUUUAGUAUUUAAGUUACCAUAUGUUUGUUUUGAAAGAUCAUUAUUAGAUCGAACACCAAAUCAAUGUUUUAAACUUGAUAAUGAAAAAGUUUUAUCGACUGUAUCCAGAAAUGAGUUUAGUCAAUAUAAUGGGAAUAACAGAGAACAAAACGCAACAUUUAUAUUUCGAUAUAGACCACAAUCAAAUAAAUAUAAUUUAGGGCAGAUUAUUUAUCAUGGAAAUAUUACGUUAGGUCCAUUAUAUUUAAAUAAACUUUUAUAUUUUCGUUUACAUCAUGCUAAUGCUCAAGAAGAUGAUGAUGAUUUUCUUUCUCGAAUAUCAAAAAAUACUUAUGAAUUUUAUACUGUUGAUCGUCAACUUAUACCAAUUGAAAAAGCUUGGCGAUACGGUCUUGGAAAAUGUCGACCUUGCAGACGAGGACCACAGUUAUCUACUAAUUAA